AUGGGGGCUCAACAUCCUACACCAAGCGACAAGCCGGUCUCAAAGAUGAAAAAGAAGAACCAAAGCUCCGAAGAGCAGUUGUUCAUUCCUGAACUAAAGGUGGACAAGAGACCUACACUGGACAGAAUGUUCGCUUCGACGUCACAAAGAAAUGAUGAUGGUUUGCGGGCGUCUUACAAUAUCUCGUUACUUAUAGCAAAAUCCGGAAAACCGCAUACUAUCGGAGAGAAGUUAAUUUUGCCAGCCGUUGAAGAGGUUUUAAAAACUGUUUUACACAAACCUGCAUCUGAUAUCAUUAAAAUAAAUCCCUUAAGCAACAAUACUGUUGAAAGACGUAUUGAUGAAAUGAGUUCUGAUAUUGAAAGCUUCUUAUGUAAUUAUUUGCAAACGACCCAUGUCUCUAUACAACUGGACGAGUCAACUUUACCUGAUAAUGCAGCAUUAUUAUUGGCAUAUGUUCGUGUUAUAAUGAAUCAAGAAAUCUACGAAGAACUGCUCUUUGCAAGAACUUUGAUAACCGACACUAAAGGUGAAUCAAUGUUUCAUGUUUUGAAGGAUUACUUCAUUGAAAAAGCAAUUCCUUUAUCAAAUAUAAUAUCAGUAGCUACAGAUAGAGCACCUGCUAUGGUAAGAAGCUCAAUGACAGGUUCUGGCAAAAAAAAUCCUAGAACGCAACGAAGUACUGCCUGUAUUGUCCGGAUAUUCCGAGAGACAAAGCAGGAUGAGUUUGGUGUGAAGCAGUACCUGCUGCAUAGUCAGGUGGUACGAGAACGCAUAGCAGUACUGCCUGUAUUGCCCACACUCACUGUAUCAUAUUACGAGGAAGAUAAAUGCCAGAAGGAUACUCAAUCGAUGGUCUCAAAACUCGCGUCAACAAAGCAGGAUGAAUGUGGUGUGAAAUACUACCAGCUGGAUAGUCAGGUGGUGCUAGAACGCAACGCAGUACUGCAUCUUACGAGGGAUAUAACCACCAGAAGGAUUCUCAAUCGAUAGCAUCAAGUCGCGCGUGAACAAAGCAGGAUGAGUUUGGUGUGAAGUAGUACCCACUGGAUACUCGAAGUGGUGCUAGAAAUAAAAGAAAUACUGUCGUGCCUAGACGCAUCACAUCGCC